UGCUGUGUGUUGAAAUGCUUGAAGAACGCCCACAUCUCUGCCAGCGCCUUCCAUCCUGCUGAAACCAUGGUCUUCUCUGCAGUGUUGACUGCAUCCCAUACUGGGGCAACGAACACAACAUUUGUAGUUUAUGAAAACACUUACAUGAACAUUACGGUCCCUCCGCCAUUCCAACAUCACGGCGUUGGUCCAUUGCUCAGAUACAGUAUGGAAACCAUGGCUCCCACUGGGAUCAGUUCCUUGACAGUGAAUAGCACAACUGUAACCCCAACACCAGCAGUUUUUAAGAGCCUAAACUUGCCUCUCCAGAUCAUUCUUUCUGCUAUAAUGAUAUUUAUUCUGUUUGUAUCUUUUCUUGGGAACUUGGUUGUUUGUUUGAUGGUUUACCAAAAAGCUGCCAUGCGCUCUGCAAUUAACAUUCUCCUUGCCAGCCUGGCAUUUGCAGACAUGUUGCUUGCAGUGCUGAACAUGCCCUUUGCCUUGGUAACUAUUCUUACUACAAGAUGGAUUUUUGGGAAAUUCUUCUGUAGGGUAUCUGCUAUGUUUUUCUGGUUGUUUGUGAUAGAGGGAGUAGCCAUCCUGCUCAUCAUUAGCAUUGAUAGGUUCCUUAUUAUAGUCCAGAGGCAGGAUAAACUAAAUCCAUAUAGGGCAAAGAUUCUAAUUGCUGUUUCUUGGACAGCUUCCUUUUGUAUAGCUUUUCCUUUGGCUGUAGGAAACCCUGACCUGCAGAUCCCUUCUCGAGCCCCCCAGUGUGUGUUUGGGUAUACAACCAAUCCAGGUUAUCAAGCUUAUGUGAUUUUGAUUACUCUAGUUUCUUUCUUCAUACCCUUCCUGGUGAUACUGUAUUCAUUUAUGGGCAUACUCAACACCCUUCGGCACAAUGCCUUGAGGAUCCAUAGCUACCCCGAGGGGAUAUGCCUCAGCCAGGCCAGCAAACUGGGUCUCAUGAGUCUACAGAGACCCUUCCAGAUGAGCAUUGACAUGGGCUUUAAAACACGUGCCUUCACCACCAUUUUGAUUCUCUUUGCUGUCUUCAUCAUCUGCUGGGCCCCGUUCACCACUUACAGCCUUGUGGCAACGUUCAGUGAGCACUUUUACUAUAAGCACAACUUUUUUGAGAUUAGCACCUGGCUACUCUGGCUCUCCUACCUCAAGUCUGCAUUGAACCCACUGAUUUACUACUGGAGGAUUAAGAAAUUCCAUGACGCCUGCCUGGACAUGAUGCCUAAAUCCUUCAAGUUUUUGCCGCGUCUUCCCGGCCACACAAGGAGAAGAAUCCGUCCCAGUGCUGUCUAUGUGUGUGGGGAACACCGAACAGUGGUGUGA